UAAACAGGAUUUCAUACACAAAAUUUAGUCGUUUCAAACCUAGAGUAUUUUCUUAACUAAUAACUUUAUGAAGGAGAUAGUUGUGAAAAUUAUUAAUCGUUUGCAAAGAUUUCCAAUGCUUCAAAAUGUCUGUAACUCCAGAUAUAAUACUGAAACAAUCCUUACGAAAAUUGGAAUUUCCACUAUGUGCAAAAGAAGCUCUUGUAAGGAUUGGCGAAUUAGUGUGUGCAAGAGUAACCAAUAUAAAACACAUGGAUUUUUGUCUGGCUCUUAUGUCUGAAUUUUUAUUUUAUGAAAUUGACAGAAGAGGAAAUAAGCGGACUACUCCUCUAACACCAACGUCAGAACUUCAACUGAUUAUGGUUCUUUUCAAUUACUUCACAAGUUUGGAAGACGAAUCUACGAGAAAUACUGUUUUCUUAUCUCUCUUUACAGGAACUACUGCUAAUCAACGCAUAGGUGUAUUGGGAAAGCUUGUAUCUAUUGCAGCAGGAGUUCAAUGUGCUAGUAUUUUGAUUUCUGCUACUGCUUGGAUGCAACAAUUGGGAAACAAUUCCGAGAUAAGUUGUAAAUUAGCUGAUGUGAUAGUUUUCGACUACUUUGUUUUAAUACCAUCUGGAAACUCAAAAUUGAGUGCUUUACCUGAAAUUGCUCCUCAAUUUGUUGCAAACUUUUUAACUGCAUCAGCUGAGAAUUAUUUCAUUGAAAAAGAUGAAAAUAUGGUAUUUCCACCGUACAAAUUUUUAGAAACUGUAACAGAUUAUAUUUCAAACAAUAAUUCUUUGUGCAUAGCAGCCCAACAAAAUCCACCAAUAUUACCUUCUGGAGCUAUAGCAAUGGAAUCGAACACUCCAAUUGCGGGUCUUCUAAAAUGGUGCGUUCUAGCACCUUUAUAUAACCAGACCUCAUUGCUUUAUGGGGAACUUCAUCUUGCAUUAUUAGAAAGUAUUUUACAAAUACCUGUCACAAAUCCUCCUAAAGCUAUUUCAGCUCAAAGUCUUUGUAAUAUAAUUCAAUCAAUUAUGUCAUAUGUAUCAAAUUUGAAAAAGAAGAACAAAAAUUUGAAUGAAAUAAUUGAUCAUAAGCCUUUACAAAAAUCCCUAAAUAGGUUAGCUCAAGCUGUUCAAGUUGCAUUUUCUGUAAAAUGUGUAUAUGGUAAAGUAGAUGAAUUAGUAAGUCAACUGCUAAUAUUGCCUUAUAAUAAAUUGAUGAAAAUUGUAAUAAAUGCCCAUAAACAGAUGAAGUGAUGAAUUUUUCUGAUGUGUGUUAUUGUCAUUGUUAUAUCAGUUUAUAUUAUAUUUAUUACUUGAUUAAGGGUUUCUGAAUACCCUAUGUGCAAAUUGCUGUAGAACUUUGUGAGUUACUUUUUUUUCAAGAAUAUAGUAUACAGUUUUAAUAUAUCUCCAUCUUUAGUUUAAUUUUGUGUUACACUGAAAUUUUUUUGUAUUUAGUAAUUGGCAAAUUGCCAUGCUGCUGUAAUUUAAAGAACUCAAAGUUUUACAGUUCUAUAAGAAUAUUAUUUACAAAUUAAAGACAAGACAGUUUAAUUAUCUUUUUUUUUGUUCUAAAUUUGUUGAAAAUUAUUCGAAUAAAUAUUCAUUGAUUUUAAACUUAUUUGAAUGUAAUUAUGUUGAAAUUUGUAUUAAUUUUGUCAAUAUAUUUUUCCUAAACAA